UAUAAAUACAUAUAUAUAUGUAUGUGUUGAGAGAAAAAGAGAGAGAUUAAAUUGAAAGUUCAUACGGCCCUGGCCCAAAGACGACAAGUAUUAGACCAAUACAUGUACGACCGAGCGUACCCCAACCGAACCUCAAGUUAUUUGGUGGUAAUACUCUUUUCUCAUUCUGUAAUCGGCUCACUGUCUGUCCGAGUCGACAACUAUUGACACAGCAUCCGAUUUCGCUCAUAACUUGCUUAACUUUUGCAAAUCGUGAUUAUUCACGAUUUUAAAUAUUUAUUUUAUUUUGCUUUGAAGGACAAAAAGCAUAAAAAAUGACAGAUUCAAAAAUUGAGGAGUUGCCGGAUCGGUUGGCGGAAAUGUUUAAGGGACAGGAAUUAUUGAUAACUGGGGGCACUGGAUUUCUUGGGAAAGUUAUGAUUGAGAAAUUUUUAAGAUGCAUCCCAGACGUAGGAAGAAUUCAUGUUCUUGUACGGCCGAAAAAGGGCAAAGAUCCAAAACACCGUUUAGAUGAAAUAUUCAACUCACCGCUGUUUGAAAAAGUAAGAGAAUUACGAGGGCUGUCAUUUAUUCAAAAAAAGAUAUCGAUAGUAAGCGGCGAUGUGUCAUUACCUAACUUGGGAAUAUCAUUAGAGGACAGAAUAAUGCUUUGUGAAAAAGUCAGUAUAGUUUACCACGCUGCUGCAACCGUCAGAUUCGAUGAAUUACUGAAACGUGCAGUUCUACUCAAUACCCGAGGCACUAAGAAUAUGAUUGAAUUGGCUAAAGAAAUGAAACACUUGCUCGUGUUUGCUCACAUCAGUACAGCCUAUUGUCACCUGGAAGAGAAAGUACUUGGGGAGAAAGCUUACCCACCACCAGCAGAUCCGCAUAAAAUAAUUAAGUGCGUGGAAUGGAUGGACGAUGACGUUGUUGAAGCAAUGACUGGUAAAAUACUUGGUGCAUUACCUAACACUUACGCAUUCACUAAAGCACUAUCCGAGGGUUUAGUUGAAGAAGCUAUGGCUCAUAUACCAGCAAUUAUUCUUCGUCCAAGUAUUGUGAUACCUAUUUGGCAAGAGCCGUUGCCAGGUUGGACAGACAACAUAAAUGGACCAACGGGUUUACUCAUUGGAGCUGGAAAAGGCGUUAUAAGGACAAUGUACUGUGAUGAACGCGGUUAUGCUGAUUAUUUGCCAGUGGACAUUGCGGUUAACGCGAUCCUAGCUUGCACAUGGAAUUACGUUGGUAAUAAAGAUGAAAGUAGACGUGUGUACAAUCUAACGAGUAGCCACGAGUUCAAGGUAACUUGGAGAGAAAUUGUUGAACGUGGUCGUAAACUGGCGCAAAAGGUACCAUUCAAUGGCAUUGUUUGGUAUCCUGGUGGCAGUAUGAAGCAAUCAAGAGUGAUGCACAAUAUUUGCGUCUUGUUAUUUCAUAUGAUACCGGCAUAUUUUAUUGAUACUUUGUUAUUUUUCACUGGCCAUAAACCUGUAAUGUGCCGCGUGCACCGACGUAUUCAAAAAGGCUUUGAAGUCUUUGAAUACUACGCCAACAAUCAGUGGGACUUUAAAAACGACAGUAUAGAUAUCAUACGACAGAGAUUCAAUGACCGGGAGCGGAGCAACUACAAACUUGAUGGCGAUGGUUUGGAUUUGGAUGUUUAUUUCGAAGCAUGCAUACGAGCUGCACGUAUUUAUAUACUUAAUGAACCACCAGAGACACUGCCCGCUGCUCGAAGGCAUUUGGCAUUGAUGUACGUCAUUGACUUGCUGACAAAAAUGAUAUUCUUUGGAUUCAUUAUGUUCACACUGUACAGCUGGAGUAUCAGGUUGAAGGCUUAUGCAUUCGAUUAGACUCUCAUUAUUAUCAUUAUCAAUAGUCAAAAAUAAAAAAAAUAAUCAUUAUUAUUGACACUAUUAUCAUUAUUCUGUUAAUCAUUAUUGAACUUUAGUAUUUUUUUGCUUCUCUUUAUACUUUUUAUCAAUACCUAUGUAUUGUUUGUGAACCAAAUAAACUUAUCACAUAUA